GGCCAUAGCAAAGCGACGGCUGUGGUGGAGCUGUCACGGCGUCUUCGUGAUCCGAGCGCCGCUUUAUGACCGAACAGCUUCACCGAGGCUCCGUCAGCCCAUCCUGAUCCGGGACCGUCCCAAACACCGUCCGGGUAGAAAACUCUGUCCGCAGCGAUGCUUGCGGUGUGGGCUGUGCGGUGUGGGCUGUGCGUGUGGGCUGUGCGGUGUGAGCUGUGCGGUGUGGGCUGUGCGGUGUGGGCUGUGCGGUGUGAGCUGUGCGGUGUGUACGAGCUUGUAUGGACUGAAUCUGAAUGUUACGAGCUUCUGUGGGUGCUAUUACUGCUUCUGACCAGAGGUGUCGCUGUGUGCGCGGUGAAACAGGCGUGAGUUUUGUCUGCUCCACACAGCUGAUCCACAGACUGGCUCAGUGGGAUCAUCAAGUGUUCCCAGUUUGCUCCAGCAGACUUUGGCCAGUUUAAGUAAGACACAGCUCAACAGCGCUGUGAUAUAGGAAUGAUCAGAUAAUGAAUUCAAUAACCUUCGAUGUGUUGCUUUAACUCUAAUGAUAUUCUCUGGACUUGCAGACUGAAAAAGAUGCCAAAGAAAAGCAAAACUCAGAGUGUGAAGAGACGGACGGCUGACCGAGAGCAGCCCGCUGUUAAACGAAGCAGAGAGGAGCAGAGCGACACUUCGCCGCUCUGCUUCCAGAGCCCAGACACACUGUUCGAGAGCCUCAUCCAGCCGAUGGCGACGGAUCGGUUCUUCUCAGAGUACUGGGAGAAGAAGCCUCUUCAUCUGCAGAGGUCUGAUCCUGGCACCGCCGCGUACUACCAGUCUCUGUUUCAGCUGAGUGACCUGCAGAGCCUGUGUUCUCAGGGUCUCGAGUACUACAGGGACAUCAACGUCGUUCGCUGCGUCAACGGCAAGAAGAAGCUUCUGAACAAGGAAGGCCGAGUGAACUGUGGAUGUGGAGGCCGCUCUCAGCAGGUUUCUGUGUGUUGUCAGGAUGAGCUGUGGAGGAUUCAGGAGAAGCUGGAGUGCUUCUUCGGGGCUCUGGUGGGCUCGAACAUCUACAUCACCCCAGAGGAGUCGCAGGGCCUUCCACCUCAUUAUGAUGACGUCGAGGUGUUCAUCCUGCAGCUGGAGGGACAGAAACAUUGGCGUCUUUACAAUCCUGCUGUUCCACUGGCAGCUGAAUACAGCGUGCAGUCAGAGGACAGUAUCGGCAUCCCAACUCAUGAUAUCAUACUGAAGGCUGGAGAUCUGCUGUACUUUCCUCGGGGAACCAUCCAUCAAGCCAGAACCCCAGCAGGAGUGAACUGCUCCAUCCACUUAACUCUCAGCACCUACCAGAGAAUCUCGUGGGGAGACUUGCUGUUGGACGUAUUUCCCAGCUUACUGAGUGACCGCAGCAGGAGGGACGUCAGCCUCAGAGAGGGGAUGCCCAGAAGACUCUUACUGAGCAGCAGUGCAGGCCUGCACGCCGAGCGGCUGGCCGCCAGCCUCAGGUCUCUGGCUGAUGAGAUGGAAACUGGGGCGCAGGAACUGAGCUUCACUCACAUGAAGAGAGACUUCAUCGCGAGCCGGCUGCCUCCUUACUGCCAGCUGUCUUCACCGUCUGGGAGGAGUCCUGCCUUGGAGGACACAGUGAUUCUGACCUUUAAAGACCACAUGGUGAUAACAGUGGAGCCCCGCCCACAGAGCACAGACGACGCCACAGAGCUGGUAGUCUUCACUCACAUGAAGAGAGACUUCAUCGCGAGCCGGCUGCCUCCUUACUGCCAGCUGUCUUCACCGUCUGGGAGGAGUCCUGCCUUGGAGGACACAGUGAUUCUGACCUUUAAAGACCACAUGGUGAUAACAGUGGAGCCCCGCCCACAGAGCACAGACGACGCCACAGAGCUGGUAGUGUUCGUCCUGCAUUCUCUGAAGAACCAGAGAGAAGGUCACAUGAUGGGCGACAGCUGUGACGACCAGGAAGAGUGCAGCAUCUCCACGGGCUUGCAGUUCCCCCUGUCCUACCUCCAGGCCCUGCAGCAGCUCCAGCUGGCAGAGCAGCUGGUUGUUGCCCAGCUUCAGCUGCCCUCACAGGAGGACAAACUCAACCUGGCUCUUGCUCUGUGGAGUGAGAACCUGCUGCGUGUCCUGUAGCUCACCUGCAGUCAGCGACUGAUGUACACCUGAUUGUUAUCAAAACGUCGUCUUUGACCUCUUUGAAUAAAGCUGG